UCCCCUCCCUCCUUCCUUCCCUCCUUCGCCUCCCUCUCUCCGCCCGCCGUGAGGGCGGGAGGGAAGCGGCAGCCCCGAGCGGGAGCCGAGGGAGGCGGCGCGCCGGGAGCCAUGCGGGAGUACAAGGUGGUGGUGCUGGGCUCGGGCGGCGUGGGCAAGUCCGCCCUCACCGUGCAGUUCGUGACGGGCUCCUUCAUCGAGAAGUAUGACCCCACCAUCGAGGACUUCUACCGCAAGGAGAUCGAGGUGGACUCCUCGCCGUCGGUGCUGGAGAUCCUGGACACGGCGGGCACCGAGCAGUUCGCCUCCAUGCGGGACCUCUACAUCAAGAACGGGCAGGGCUUCAUCCUGGUCUAUAGCCUGGUGAACCAGCAGAGCUUCCAGGACAUCAAGCCCAUGCGGGACCAGAUCAUCCGGGUGAAGAGGUACGAGAGGGUGCCCAUGAUCCUGGUGGGCAACAAGGUGGACCUGGAGGGCGAGCGGGAGGUCUCCUUCGGGGAGGGCAAAGCCCUGGCCGAGGAGUGGAGCUGCCCCUUCAUGGAGACCUCGGCCAAAAACAAAGCCUCGGUGGACGAGCUCUUCGCGGAGAUCGUCAGGCAGAUGAACUACGCCUCGCAGCCCAACGGGGACGAGCAGUGCUGCUCCUCCUGCGCCAUCCUCUGAGGGCAGCGGGGGCUGGCUGCGGGGACACGGCGGUGGCGGCCGGCGGGGGAGCAGCGGCGGCGGCGGCGGCGGGAGCGGCCCCGCAGCCCCGGCCGGAGCCCGCCCUCGGCAAGCCGCCGAGAACGAACAUCCCCCCCCACACACACACAAAACAAAGCAAAACAAAAAAAAUCGAGAAAGAAGAAAUCAUCGUGUUGGAAAUGUGGCUUUUUUCGGCAUGUACGUUUCGUCCAGUCUUGGUCGUUGAAUAUUUGUGUCUGCCCCGCGCUGGCAGCGGGCACGGGGCGGAGAGCUCCGGGGAGCAGCGGAGCCUGCGAGCCCGAGAGAACGGAGCCGGGGCGGGGGGGGGAGACCCCCGGGGGCACGCCGAGGAGAUCGGCGGUAGCGGUGCUGAGCCUCCCUCCCGGAG